CGCCGCCGUGGUCCGCGCCCCGCCCCGCUCCCCCGCAGCCGCUGCCGCCCCUUUGCCUCUGUGUCCGCCGCCCGCUGCUGCUACCGCUGUGUCCGCCGGGAGAGGAAGAAGAUGGCUGUGCCACCUACUUAUGCUGACCUUGGAAAAUCUGCCAGGGAUGUGUUUACUAAGGGCUAUGGAUUUGGCUUAAUAAAACUGGAUCUGAAAACAAAAUCUGAGAAUGGACUGGAAUUUACAAGUUCAGGUUCAGCAAACACUGAGACCAGCAAAGUUUCGGGCAGUUUGGAAACAAAAUACAAAUGGUCUGAAUAUGGCUUGACAUUCAUAGAAAAAUGGAACACAGACAAUACAUUGGGCACUGAAAUUACUGUUGAGGAUCAGCUUGCACGUGGACUGAAGCUGACCUUUGAUUCGUCCUUCUCACCUAACACUGGGAAAAAAAGUGCUAAGAUUAAGUCAGGAUAUAAGCGGGAACAUAUCAAUCUUGGCUGUGACAUGGAUUUUGAUAUUUCUGGACCUUCAAUACGAGGAGCUGUGGUACUUGGCUAUGAGGGCUGGUUGGCAGGCUACCAGAUGAAUUUUGAAACUUCUAAAUCUCGGGUGACCCAGAGCAACUUUGCUGUUGGCUACAAGACCGAUGAAUUCCAGCUACACACCAAUGUGAAUGACGGCACAGAGUUUGGGGGCUCUAUUUAUCAGAAGGUGAACAAGAAGUUGGAAACUGCUGUCAACCUAGCCUGGACAGCUGGAAAUAGCAACACUCGUUUUGGAAUAGCAGCCAAAUAUCAGAUUGACCCUGAAGCCUCUUUCUCUGCUAAAGUGAACAAUUCUAGCCUGAUAGGCUUAGGUUACACCCAGACUCUAAAACCAGGUAUCAAACUGACAUUAUCAGCUUUGCUGGACGGCAAGAAUGUCAAUGCUGGUGGCCACAAGCUUGGUCUAGGACUGGAAUUUCAAGCAUAAAAGAAGUUGUAUAAUCACUUAAUUUUAAAAUAU